GAAGGCAUCAGUUGACUGACAAUCCCGCAGUCUAAUCCAGAGAGCGAGGAUGCACAGCAGCGGUGAUUUGUGUCGAAUGAACAACUUCUUUCGACUGUGAUUGACAAAACCCUGCUAACACUUUGUUCAUCAAGCCCUUGAAUACCAUUAUUUACCCCGAAACCGUCGGGUUGAUCGGCACAAAUUGAAUCCAGACCAGGACCUCGCAGACGUUACGUCGGGACAAUGGAAUCUAACGUGAUGCCGGACAGUUUCCGCCAUCAAAGGCUGCAGCCGGGCAUCGGGUUCGGUUCAGGACCGACCGGGACCCUCCGCUCCUCUCUCCGGCCCGGGGUUACGGUCCCCAUCGCGCCGCUGUUGCCCUCCCCGGCCUCUCUGGUCGCUUUGUCCGGGCCUCCUCCCCCGCUGCCUCCGCUGCAGCUCCACAGCCUGUACGGCGGUAUCGGAGCCGGGCUGGGGCCGGGGGCGACCGGGCACUGCAACCCGGGGAACCCGGCGGUGCUGAAGGAGGCGGUGGAGGCGGUGGUCCGCAGCUUCGCCAAACACACGCAAGGCUACGGCAGAGUAAACGUGGUAGAAGCCUUACAGGAGUUUUGGCAGAUGAAGCUGACAAGAGGGGCCGACCUGCGGAAUGGAGCUCUGGUUGUUUAUGAAAUGGUCCCAUCCAGCAGCCCGCCAUAUGUUUGCUAUGUCAGUCUUCCCGGGGGCAGCUGCUUUGGGAGUUUCCAGUUCUGUCCCACCAAGGCAGAGGCAAGACGCAGCGCCGCCAAGAUUGCUCUGAUGAACUCUGUUUUCAAUGAACAUCCCUCUCGACGGAUCACAGACGACUUCAUUGAGAAGAGCGUCAGUGAGGCCCUGGCGUCUUUCAAUGGAAACAGAGAAGAGGCGGACAAUCCCAACACAGGAAUUGGGGCUUUUCGCUUCAUGCUUGAGUCCAACAAAGGAAAAUCCAUGCUGGAGUUUCAGGAGCUGAUGACCGUGUUCCAGCUGCUGCACUGGAACGGGAGUCUCAAAGCCAUGAGAGAACGACAAUGUUCCCGACAGGAAGUGCUGGCUCACUAUUCCCACCGGGCUCUGGAUGAUGACAUGCGGACUCAGAUGGCCGCCGACUGGGUGAACCGAGAACAGAGUGUGGCGAGCACUAUUGCGCUGGAGGUGGCGUCGACGGAGCGAGAACUGGAGGACGCCAGGCUGGCGGGCAGAGAACUGCGUUUUUACAAAGAGAAGAAAGACAUCCUGAUGUUAGCUGUGGGCCAACUCAAUGCAGCCAACACGGCCACGCUGCCCUCACACUAAACCUGCCGUCCAUUAUGGAAACAUGCCUUCACACUACGUGGGAUUCAUGGUAACAGUAUUAUCCCUUCAUAGAUAUACAAGUGCUGCGUCUGAACUUUUAUCUUGUGUUUUUUUAUCUGACGACCAGGUAAUUAGGCCUUGACUUACAGUAUGCACAUCCGUCCAUUACACAAACACAUGCCGCUGUAGGCGUUACCUCUUUGUGCCUAGUGAUUACAGGAUAUCAGUGCUUUUUUUGUAUUACCUGUGAACUUGCUUUGCAUUCAACUGACUGGGGUUUAUAUGUUUUUCCUUAUUUCAUCCUAUAUUUACUCGACCUACAGAAACACGCAGCCUGCCUUUCAUCAGUGAAUGUACGGGACAUAAGUUAAUAUGACCCAUGAAAUCAAACACAUUUUAUCAAUGUAAGGACCAUCAAAGUUUGUUUCUUUCAUGUUUUGGGUGUGUUUACUUGUGUAUAGUAUUUUUGACUGUGGCAAGUAAAGGAGGUAGAAUGUAUGGGUCUUAAAACUUCAAUGGCAAGUACCUUGUGUCUAUUAAUAAUCCAAAUAUUUCUGGAAUGUCACCACUAAAACAGCAAAAUCUACAACAGGAUAUAAGAUCCCACCUUAUAACCCUUCCUUUAUGGGGACACAAACUCUGCCUGUUUUAAUGAGAAUACAGUGUAAAUAUGUGCCAAUUGCAUUCUCAAAUAAUACCAGAAAUUCAAGUAAGCAUUGAAAACAUUGUUAUUUGCUUAUGUAAUAAUUUGUGGGUACUUAAAUGUCAGCAGGUGACUGCCAGCAGCUCAGGUUUUUGAAAAAUCAGAUAUUAGACCAUUACUAUGAUUUCUUAUUUUCUUUUUGAAGACAUUUGACUAUUUUAAUGUGCAUUGUACGCUUGGUGACCAUGACACUAGCUGAAUGUAUAUUUUUAGUGGGCUAUCAACUAAAGGUUUUGUAAAGUGAUACAUUUAGACUAAGACAUUAGUCUUGUGAUACAGGUUGUGUUGGUCAUGUGCUUCAUUUAGAGGAGUUAAAAUAGUUGUUGCUUCAGAGACUAAAAUGGAGGUCGGGAUCUCAGCAGAUACAAAGAAAAGAGGGGGAUUGUGGGUAAAAUGUGCAGGCCAAAAAAGAAAAAGUUGAGGAAUCUUUUGUUUUAAAAAAAACGAUUUGUCACGUGUGAGUCAUUGUGGUCGUUACAAAACACUACCAGCACUUGUGGUUUACGUGUUCUUCUCUCUUUUUUUUUACUUAUGGGAAGGAGAAUCCGUUUGUUAGCAACACAAUGUAUGUAACUCGCACUUAUCACCUUUUAAAAUGUUUUUAUGUUGAAAGACCUGAUUUCGUUUGUACUGUAAAUGUGAUAUCUUUAUAUUUCUCUAUAUAUCUAAAAUGUAUUGAAUACAUUAUACAGAUGAAGGCAUUUCAGUGAGUAGCUUUUUGAGGACCCUGUGGAAGUGAGUUUAAUUGGUUGGAUGGAAAUGUGGGCACUGAUUUAUGCAAGUUAAACAGCAGGGGGGGCUCAUUCUCACUGCUGAAUGCUGGAUUGUCAACAGCAGAAACUGAUUACGCUAAGUUUUGGGGAGACGGCAAAUAACAAACAAAUCAGCAGAAAUUGAGUAUGAUUAAAGACAGAUCUAAUUUUAUUAUUUUAUUGCUGUGUCACUUCCCUGGGCUCAUUGUGCCUUCAUUAAAUUGGUUGCAUUGUAACAGUUAAGACUCAAAACUCAAAAAAUGCAUUCAUUAAAUGAGGUCUUUAAAAGAUGUUCUACUCUGCUUUACAAUGUUUUUUUGUAAUUCCAUGUAAAGUUAAAAUGAUGGAUUACAUGUUAUAUUACUGUUACAAUAAAGUUACUUUGAAGGAAUAGUUGGACAUUUGGGGAAAUGUUCUUAUUCAAGUUUUGGCGGAGAGAUGGAUGCCAUUCUCAUAUCUGUGCUUUACAUAUAACGCAGCAGCCAGCGAGUUGAUCUUAGCAUAAAGGAAGGAUGUUUUCUAACUCUAAUGUCAAAUUAUUCCUUAAAUAGGUUACAUGACAUUAGAUUAUGAAGGAUGUAUUCAAUCUUACUACCUUUUGGUAUACAUUUGUAAUCAUAUAUAUUGUUUGUUUGGUACUCAGCUUGCAAAAUAUGUGUGCAGCACAAAAUGUUUUUGUAAUUCCGUCUUCUUGGAAAAGAACAUGCAGCUCUCUUAAAUAAAUACUGAGAAUUUGAAAUAAGACUUUUUAAUUGAUACAAUGAACACUUUGACCUCACAAUUAUGCAUCUUGAACCCUUUAAUUUCAUUUUUUUCACUUUUAUUUACUCCUGCUCCAAAAAUGUCAUCUGCAGAUAGGUUUUCUAAAUGAUUCAGUGAUUUUAUCGUCCAUUGAACCAAUUUGGUUGGAUUUGAAAUGUUUUUUUGGCAUUUUGUUUCUACGUUAGAUGCUUAUUAUGUGUAUUUUCUUUUCAUUUGUUUUACCACAAGCCAUUAAUAUCCGAGUUCUCUUCUUACAAUACCUUUGACCUUUUUUGUGAUCAUUAUAAAUUAUGGCUUUUUUAAACAAUUGUUUGUGCUAUCCCUUUUAUUAAAAAUACCUUGGGCUUUGGGUUUCAUGCAUGUUAUGUUGAUUACGUUUAUGUUUUUAUAAGUUUCAUAUUCUAUACUGUAUGGUUUUCUAACUGUUUCUGAUGGCCCUUAUUGUAUGUAUUUUCUAUGAACAUUUUGUAUUCCAUGUUUAUACUUUUAUUAGAUUUAUAUGAUGUCAUUAAAUGGUUCAUACAAAUACGUA